AUGUCCUUUCCACCACCCACCACCCUGGACACCUCUAACCGGUCGCGCAUCCUCAACCUAGGUGCUGGCCCCUCCUCCCUCCCCACGUCCGUACUCCUCCAAUCGGCGCAGGACCUCCUCGACUACAAAGGCACAGGCAUCGGUCUAUGCGAGCUCUCCCAUCGCAGCGGGACAUUCAAACAGAUCCUCGAUUCCGCAGAAAGCGAUCUGCGCUCACUCCUCUCCAUUCCAGAGGAUUACGCAGUCCUCUUCACCCAGGGUGGCGGGACCGAACAGUUCUCUGCGACUGCCCUGAACCUCCUCGCGUACGAUGCGGCGAGACAUGGGCGAGCACCGGGUACGCUGGAUUACGCGGUUACGGGGAGCUGGUCGAGUAAGGCGAUCAAGGAGGGGGAGCGCAUGGGGGGACGCGUCAAGGCUGUGACUGAUUCCAAGAAGAGGGAUGGCAAGUUCGGGCGAAUCGCCCCGAUUGAGGAGUGGGAGUUGAGCCCUGCGAGCGAGUGCGCCAUGCUGUACUACUGCGACAACGAGACGGUGGACGGGGUCGAGUUCCCCUCUCCUGGCCUGCCCAUCCAUCAACUCCCAGACGACUACCGCAAAAACGUACCCAUCGUAGCGGACUGUUCGUCCAACAUCCUCUCGAGGCCCAUCGAUGUAGCCGCCCACUCGCUCAUCUUCUUCGGCGCACAAAAGAAUGUCGGUCCCCCCGGCGUAACGAUCCUGAUUGCACGCAAGUCCCUCCUCGCUCGCCAUCCAGACGAGUCCAUCCCCUUUGGCGGGCCGCGCAUCCCUACGACGCUGGUGUACAAGAAUCUGGCGGAUAAUUCGAGCCUGUACAAUACGCCGCCCAUGUUCUCUAUCCACGUCUCUGGGCUAGUGUUCCGCCACCUCAUCGAGCAAGGCGGGGUAAAGGGGGCAGAGCAAAGAUCGAGCGAAAAGGCUCAACUGGUCUACUCGACCAUCGAUGAGUCCAAGGGGUUCUACGAGGGGACGACGAGCGCAACGUCUCGCUCGCGGAUGAACGUCACGUUCAGGAUCAAGGGAGGGGAUGACGGGCUGGAGGGGAAGUUCGUCGAGUUCUGCAAGGAGAGGGGGAUAGAGCAGGUCAAGGGACAUCGUAGCGUAGGUGGGAUUAGGGCGAGUCUGUAUAACGCCAUUAGCGUCGAUGACGCGAAGAGAUUGGUGGAGGCGAUGCGGGAGUUUUGCGGGCAGCACUCCGGUUAG